AUCGCUCCUGCUACGGUGCUGUAGUGAACCCUACUUUCCUUGCCACGCCUGAAUUCAAGCUUCUUUCCUGGCCGCCCAUGGGUAGCCUUCCACUUGAAGCGAUGAUGCCACUGGACCCCGAGACAUUCGCCGGGGAGUCGGGCGCAGUGGUCGGCUUCCUCGCCGACUACUACCGCAACGUCGACAAGUACCCGGUCAUGGCUAACCCCGAGCCGGGCUCCAUCCGUAAGCUUCUUCCGGAUGCAGCCCCAGAGUUGGGUGAGUCCAUGGACCGCAUACUCGACGACGUGCAGCGGGACAUCCUCCCGGGGCUCACACACUGGCAGAGCCCCAGCUUCUUCGCCUACUUCCCGGCGAACGCGAGCAGUGCAGGGUUCGCCGGGGAGAUGUUGUCCGCUGGUCUCAAUGUCGUACCUUUCGUCUGGACGGCAUCACCGGUGGCCACCGAGCUGGAGCAGGUCGUGGUUGAUUGGAUGGCUAGCCUCCUCGGCCUACCGGAGCGCUUCCACUUCAAGGGAGGAGGAGGCGGUGUCCUGCACGGGAGCACGUGCGAGGCCGUGGUGUGCACGCUUGCGGCCGCACGCGACCGUGCGUUGAGCAAGCUCGGCCAUGAAGGCAUCCUCAAGCUGGUCGUGUACGCCUCGGACCAGACCCACGCGACCUUUCAGAAGGGCGCGAGCAUCGUCGGCAUCCCUCCAGCAAACUUCCGCAUCCUACGGACGUCGGCGGAGUCAGGAUACGGCCUGACUGCCGACACCGUCCAAAGAGCAGUGGAGGAAGACGUCGCCCGCGGACUGGUUCCUCUUUACCUGUGCGCCACAAUCGGCACUACCGGUCUCGGGGCCAUUGACCGAGUGCGAGAGCUCGGUCAUGUUGCUCGGCGUUAUGGAACCUGGCUGCACAUCGACGCUGCAUACGCCGGCAGUGCGGCCAUUUGCCCAGAGUUCCAAGGUAACCUCGACGGCGCUGAGCUGGCGGACUCGGUGAGCAUGAACCCACACAAGUGGUUGCUCACCAACAUGGACUGUUGCUGCCUUUGGGUGGCAAACCCCACCACCAUGACCGACGCACUGUCCACCGACCCAGAGUACCUCAGGAACGUCGGCGGUGCGUCAAAGAUGACGACAGACACGAUCGACUACAAGGACUGGCAGAUUGCCCUGUCACGCCGCUUCCGCGCCAUCAAGCUGUGGGUGGUGCUGCGGCGCUAUGGAACGGCGGGCAUGCGCGCGCACAUACGGAGGCACAUCCGGAUGGCGGAGUGGUUUGAGCGCGUCGUGGCGGCUGACGAGCGCUUCGAGGUCGUGGUGCCGAGGAGCUUCUCCCUCGUGUGCUUCCGCCUCCGCCCGCGCUUCAUGGAGGAUAAAGCGGUGGAGUCCCUGAACCGCGAGCUCCUCGUGGCGGUGAACGCAAGCGGGCGGGCGUUCAUGACGCAUUUCGUUGUGGAUGGCAAGUUUGUGAUCCGCCUAGCCGUGGGUGGCUCCAUGACGGAGAUGCGGCACGUCCGCGGAGCAUGGGAGCUGAUCAAGGAGAAGGCCAAUGAAUUGCUCGCCGGCUGUUAGUUAGAUUUCAUGGCUGAUAUAUAGUAGCUAGUCAUCAGUCCAUCAUCAUCUUGCUUGCGACUAAGAGUUCCGUGGCAGGAGUUUAAGAGUUAUUGCGAUGUGGAAUGAAAGUCAAGAGAUGACAUAACAUAUUGCCAUUGUUUUCCCUUACCAACACAAAUACUUAUCCAUGAAACCCCUGCUGAGUAAAUCUGCUACGAAUGGUCCCGGCGGAAGAAUAGUUCCUGUGAUACUUGCAGCCCUGCAUCGGCAAAAAUA